GUUCCACUCAGCGCUUGCGACGCACGAGUAAAGACUCAGGCGUACCUACACCAAAGUAGUGAGUUCCCAUCGUAGGAGCCCAGGCAACGACAAGCAUGAGAACCAUAUGCGGACGCACUUUGCGAGUAUCAAUGAUCAGCUUGGGAGUUAAGAGUCGAAAAGCGGAUAGUGGUUCUCAGCUCCAGGCACGGGGCAACGGAAUGGCGAGCAAAGGCCCAGUGUUGACGAAGAUUCAAAGAACGGAGUUCCCGUGGGCGACCCGGGGGUAUUCGGCCUUUGAGUCGGAGAAAAAGAGCUAUAACCGACCGCUGCUAUUUCGAGGAAGUCUUCCGGAGUUUCAACAAAUGAACAGUGCUAUAUAUAAUUCCGACCACGAUGUGAAAUAAAAAGGACAAAUCUGUUCAUCCCGCUUUUCCCCCCAACUUCACCAUGGACGACCCAAGCACCCUCAAACCAGCAGCAGUGACUGCAGCCUUGCUUAGAAGCGCGCUUCACAAACAUAGAGAUAGAUACGAGUCCGUGUUUAUCAAAGCUCUCGGCGGCGUUUACUUAUCGAUUGGAGGCCUAUUGUCCGAAGUAGUAGCAGGCGGUUCUCCUGGGUUCACACAGAGUAAUCCAGGUCUUAUCAAGGUCGGCUCUGCUGCCGUCUUCCCCGUGGGGCUUAUCAUGAUUUCAUUGACCAACACCGAACUGUUGACGAGUAACAUGAUGAUCAUGCCCAUGGGUGCCAUCAAAGGCGUCAUCCCCUGGUGGAGCGUGUUCGUUAAUUGGCUUAUCGUGACAUUCGGAAACCUCGUUGGCAGUCUGUUUUAUGCUGCCAUUCUCGUCAGAUAUACCGCCAUCGUUUCAGUUGAACCUUACCGUACCUAUAUUCGAACCUUUGCAAUUCACAAAGCCGGUGAUCCUCAGUGGCAUCAGAUAUUCCUAAGGGGAAUAGGUUGCAAUUUAUUGGUGUGUGUCGCGGUAUGGCAAGGAAUAGCCGCUAGAGAGACGAUAUCAAAGAUUGUUGCGAUAUGGAUGCCGAUCUGGAUAUUUGUUGCGCUUGGAUAUGACCAUGUGGUCGCAAACAUGUUUUCUGUUCCGAUGGGGAUGAUGUUCGGAGCCGAUCUAACUGUCGCGGAAUACAUUCGCAAAUCAUUCAUCGCAGCCUACAUCGGAAACAUCAUCGGCGCCCUUUUCGUUGGUCUUCCCCCGCUCUAUUUCUACCUCCGUAAGGGCGAGAAUGGUCUAAGUGACGCCGAGAAUGGGAGGACUGGAUCGCCGGUUGCUGGAGAUGCGAGCAGUGAUGGUACGGAUUCAAAAGUGGCGAGGAACUGA